GGGCGCCGCUCCCGGCGCCCACGCAAAAACGGGAAACAUUUCAAAGCAAAGGCUGACUGACUACUGUGACCAGGAGCAACGGCGUUUCAUUAUCAGACCCCACACAACACUGACCGAGAGGACACUCUUAUGCCACCACUUAUCCCAGCUGCAGCUCAUAAGCUAAAAACAUGACAGGUGAAUUGACUGCUGUGCAGUCCAGGAGAUUUCUGGAGGCGGGGGACUGUUUGAUGUCGGUGGAACGCCAGGGUGAAGCGGGAGCCAUGCUGCCACGCCUGGGCUCCACCUCGGACUGGGAGGCGUGCGCUGAGAUACUCCCUUCGCCCCAUCACGGACGGCAACUUAGAAGAUGCAAUGGGAGUCACUGCCUGACGAUUACCAAUGUGCCUAUUGAUGUCUAUGUAACCAUGGGAAGACCUUCAAACUUACAGUACGGACAGGCUUCCUAACGAUUCAUCGCAUCAGCACCUGUGAUUCAAUUUCAGCAGCUGAAAUC